UCUCAUCCCGCACAAAGAAACGUAGAAUAAUUUGAAGUAGCAGCAGCCUUAUAGCAAUGAAAAGUGCUUAUUUCCUCAUAGCUUUUGCCCUCUUGGCUUUUGCAUCAUCCUUUGCUUCUGCCUAUGACCCCAGCCCCCUACAGGACUUCUGUGUAGCCAUCAAUGACACCAAGAAUGGAGACGAGUUCAAGCUAGAAAAGUUGCCAUUACAUAAUGAAAGGAGUUCACAAUAUCCUUGUAGCUUUAGCCCUCUUGGCUUUGGCUUCAUCCUUAGCCUUAGCGUAUGACCCUAGCCCUCUUCAGGACUUCUGCGUGGCCCUCGACGACAUUAAGAAUGGUGUUUUUUUUUUGUAAAUGUGAAGUUCUGCAAGGACCCAAAGCUUGUCACGGUAAAUGAUUUCUUCUUUUUGUGACUGAACAUGCCUGGGAACACAGGAAAUGCAGUAGGUUCAAAUGUCACUACUGUUAAUGUUGAUGCAUUACCAGGACAAGAUACUCUUGGCAUAGCGAUUGUGCAUAUUGACUUUGCUCCAUAUGGUGGACUGAAACCUCCACACACUCAUCCUCAUGCUACAAAAGUCUUGGUAGUCCUGGAGGGUGCUCCCUUGGUAGGCUUUGUCUCAUCCAACCAGGAUAACAAUCCUCUCUUCACCAAAGUCUUGAACAAGGGAGAUGCUUUUGUUUUCCCAGUUGGCAUGAUUCACUUCCAGUUGAAUAUAGGAAACACUCCUGCUGUUGCUUUUGCUGGUCUGAGCAGCCAGAAUCCUGGAGUAAUCACAACUGCAAAUACCGUUUUUGGAUCUGAUCACCCACCAAUCCGAAUGUGCUGACCAAGGCCUUCACGUUGGACAAGAAUGCGGUUCAGUAUCUUCAGUCCAAGUUCUGAUAGGAUUAGAGUUAUAACAAAUUAUUAAAAAGAUUAGGCAGUUGUUUCAUUUCAAUAGUAUUUGUGAUGCAAUUUUUUUGUUAUGUUCAGUUGUGAUUGACUAAAGAACACUUGACUGCUGCAUUUUUAUGAUUAUUAUCAUACAUGUUUUAUAUUGUUACUGUAAAAUUGUUAAGAGCAGAAGCAUGCUCUUUCUGUUUCUUCUUACCAAAAUCCUAUAGAUAGGCUUUAUUUUUCUGGUUCAGGGUUUUAGUUGGUAGCAUUCUUCUGCGUCCCAUGUUAGCUUUACCAUUAAACGUUCAAGUAUUUCUGUUUAAAGGUUGUUUCCAGGGAGCUCUGUUGAACAAUGUCUAAAAAGUAUAUAGUAAGUCUUAAAACUCGGGAAAUUUUCUACUGUGGCAUUCACCUUACAAGAAAAGCUGUGAACUUGUAACUAUUUAUCGUUUGGUUUGAGACAAAAACCUUAAUCCUCAGCAUAUGUAUUGUCUGAGAGGCGAAGUUAACCAUAAGCAUUGAAUGCUGAGAGUGGAUUAAAUUCUUAUUUAUUGG